UAAAUAAAUGGGGCUUAGUUCCAAAAAAACAACAUUUAUGAAUAAAAACUGUCCCAAAAUUAUGAAAUUGUUAAACUAAAGAUUUAAUAUGUUUGUCUUUGUAUAUAAACCCAAACUGAAUAUCAUUACACAUAAAUAAAGGAGUGUUGUGUUUCCAUUCCAUGGGAUCUUUUAUUUUGUAGGAAUGCUCUCUUUUCUGACAGUCCGUAAACGCGUCCGCGUGGUGGCGGUGAGUGGCCCCGCCCCUGGGUGGAGCUCGGCGUGAUUGAUGGCCGCCUCCCAGCGGCGUCUCUUGGACGCCUCCUCCCCGCCUCCCUCCCGCGUCUCUGAGCUGGAAUGUGAGCCCGGGGUCCGGACAGUGAGCAGCGGCAGCCGCGGCAGCAGCACGAGCGGAGAGCGGAGCACGCUGCGGUCCAGCUCGCCGAUGAGAAGCAGCCCAUUCCAGCGCAGGUCCCGCAGUCACUGUCCGGAUCGUCGGUCUCUUUCCACCGGUCCUCUUGUGCAGAAAAGUUUGCUUUAGACCCCGCUGGAGUCCGCAGAUGGGAACAACCUGUGUGCCAAACUCACCUUCUGCUGGAACUCUUCCAACAAUGGACCCGGAGUCCCUGAGGCGGUGAAGACUGCGAGUGUUAAAUGUUCACCUCAAGCCCUCCAGCAACUGUUCAUUAAACUGCUGUCCACCCAGUGACCGUGUGAGCCGCUUGCACUUGCUUCCAAUGGCGUCCAGUCUGACGUGCACAGGUGUCAUCUGGGCCCUGCUGUCCCUGCUGAGCGCCGCCGCCUCCUGCGUCGGCUUCUUUAUGCCCUACUGGCUGCUGGGAACGCAGAUGGACAAGACGGUGUCCUUUGGCACGUUCCGGCGCUGCUCCUACCCGGUGAGGGACGAGGAGAAGCAGAUCACGGUGAUGCUGGAGCAGUGCGGGCGCUACGCCUCCUUCAACGGCAUCCCGAGCCUGCAGUGGAGGAUCUGCACGGUGGUGACGGGCGUCGGGUGUGGCCUCCUCCUGCUGGUGGCGCUCACCGCCCUCAUGGGCUGCUGCAUCUCUGACCUCAUCUCGCGUACGAUUGGCCGAGUGGCCGGCGGCAUCCAGUUUGUUGGAGGUCUGCUCAUUGGGUCAGGCUGCGCUCUGUAUCCCCUGGGAUGGGACAGCGAGGAGGUACGGCAGACCUGCAACAACAGCUCGGACCAGUUCAAGCUGGGUACCUGUCAGAUCGGCUGGGCGUACUACUGCACGGGGGCUGGCGCCGCCGCCGCCAUGCUGAUCUGCACCUGGCUGUCGUGUUUCGCUGGGAAGAAGCAGAAACAUUACCCAUACUGAGAAAGCAGCGGCGUCAGACGGAUACCUCGGGCGGUACGACUAAAGGGAGAGGACUCAGGUUGUGAAGGACUCACACCGGCUCAGCACACCAGGCGCCAAAGACAACAAUUGUUUUGGUGCGCUGCACAUCAUGGGACACUCCUCAUCAGACAACUGCAGGGACUCUUUCAUUAAGCAACACUCACAGACAUAUAAAUAUAUAUAUAUAAAUCUCUAUUAAAUGUGUUCUUAAAUGAAAGCUGAAUGGACCAAUUCUCUUUGUAAAAUUGUUACAUUACUUUUUUAUUUAACAGAGAGUUCCCCUUUUUCCCGUGCUUCAUCUUCGGCAGCCUUCGCUGUUACCGUGACUGUGUGCCCUGUAAUGAACAGACAAGUAAUAUUCCUUUAUUGUUACCCCAAGUGUUUCCAUCCCCUCCUUGUGUCUCGUCUUUUGCCUUAAACAUGACGUGAAAUGCAAUAAUCCCGUUGAGCAGUGCACGCUGACCUGCGGCCCCUUUCCACUGAGACGUUUAUCCCCCCAAAAGCAGAGUUUAUUUAACAUGAGGUAUGCAUUGUGUACGGUAAUGUAUUUUAUCACGUUAUCACAUGUUUUUAUAUUCAGUUUGAAUUUACUCUGUGUCAUGCUUUUUGCUUUGUAAAUAAAUGUUUACUGAAAUUUG